AUGCGGAUCAUUUCUGGAUGCUGUGAGGCUCAAAAAAACACUCUUUCUGGAGGCAACUCUCUGCAAGACAUGUGGGUAGGAUGAAUGACGGCACCCACCGGCAAAUAGCAUGCACAAGCGUGGGAAGGUCACGUUCUGAGUUGUGCAGUGUGUCCUGAGUAGCGCGGACAGAAGCGACGCAGCGAACGGGAAGUGUGCGUAGAAGCGAUCGACGAUGCUCCUGUUCUGUCCAAAUUGCGCCAACGCGCUGACAAUCAAGAAAGGCAACGAGUUCGAGAACCGCUGGGCAUGUCAGACGUGUCCGUACGAGUACCCGAUCAAGCGGCAGCUGCUCGAACGCAAGCGUCUGCCGCGCAAGAAGGUCGACGAUGUCAUGGGCGGCGAGGACAGCUGGAAGAACGUCGAUAGCACCGAGGCUGUCUGCCCCAAAUGCGAGCAUGGCCGGGCGUACUUUAUGCAGAUCCAGAUUCGCAGUGCUGACGAGCCAAUGACAACGUUUUACAAGUGCUGCAGCUGCGGAGAACAAUGGCGUGAAAACUAAGUGGGCUAUUGCCUCUUGGCCCCGUUAGCUUGUCU